CAUCGGUUGAACUGACUGACAGAGAGAAACUGGUGAGCCAUCUAACCUCUCCUGCAUGCACAACGACUUUUGCUGGGGAGUGAAUUUGCCACAUUCCGCUGCAACAACAGCCUCAGAUUAUAAGCAGUUGUAAUUGACCAAUUCGGAUCCUAAAUAAAAUCAUUUGAGGAAAAAAAUGAUGAGUUCCCUGAAACAUGUGAACCCCACGGUGAAGGGGAUCAAAGAGUCAGCACACAGUGUGCUGCAGAGUCUGGCUGCACACGUCACACAAGAGAUCGCACAGGGGGUGCAGAAACCCUUCAAAGGGGUGAUUGACAUCAACUCAGGGGAUCCCCACAAAGCAGGCAUGAAACCCAUCUCAUUUGUCCGUCAGGUCUUGGCUGUUUGCCUGCACCCUGAACUGCUGGGAAACAAAACUCUUCCUUUGGAUGUCAGGCUGAGGGCUCAGAGGCUCCUGGAGGUGUGCGAAGGAGGAAGUGUUGGUUCCUAUACAGACUCAUCUGGCAUCCCUCACAUCAGACAAAGCAUCGCUGACUUCAUCAUAAGGCGCGACGUCGGAGUGCCUUCAUAUGCUAAUAAUGUAUUCAUUUCUGCUGGUUCUCAGAAGGGCCUCAUGGUGAUUUUGAAGCUACUGGCCAGUGGGGAGGGGGACACUCAGACAGGCGUGUUGACCCCGAUGCCCUGCCCUCACACCCUGCCCACACUGCUGGAUGAUGCCGGGAUGACCUUGGUGCCAUACCAGCUGAUGGAGGACCAAGGCUGGGCUGUAGAUCUGAGUGAGCUGCACCGAGCUCUGAAAUGUGGUCGGGGGCACUGCAAUCCCAGAGCCAUUUACAUCAGCAACCCAGGAAACCCCACAGGUCAUGUGCAGGACUGGAAAUCAAUAGAGGAAGUGAUCCGCUUUGCAGCAGCGGAGAGACUCUUACUGAUGGUCGAUGAGGUGUACCAGGACAGCGUGUAUGGACAAGGGAAAGAGUUUCUUUCCUAUAAGAGAGUCCUGUUUGAGAUGGGCAAAGAGUACUCAGAGACAGUGGAGCUGGUUUCCUUCCACUCUUUAUCCAGCGCCUGCAUGGGAGAGUGUGGUCUGAGGGCAGGUUACAUGGAGCUGGUCAACAUGGACCCAGAGGUGAUGUAUUUUGUUGAUACAAUGCUGUGUACUGAUAUCAGCACUCCAGUUACAGGACAGCUUGCUCUGGAUCUCAUGGUCAAGCCACCAAAACCUGGAGACCAUUCCUAUGACACAUACACGCAGGAGAUUCUCCUCAUUCGGGCCACUUUGUCUCAGAAUGCUCAGCGGGCUCAUGAGUUCCUAAAUGAUUUACCAGGGAUGAGCAGUCAGCCAGCGAUGGGGGGAAUCUACCUUUACUCCCGCCUGCAUUUACCAUCUGACAUUAUACAGAAGGCUAAGAUAGUGGAGGUGGAGGCAGAUGUUCUUUAUUGUCAGAUGUUACUUGAGGAGGAAGGUGUGUUUUUAGGUGCAGGAUGUCAGAAUGGGGAGACAACUGGAAACCACUAUCUGAGGUUAUGUAUCCUUGUUCCUACUGACACCCUGGAGAAGGUCCUGGCUCAACUCGCUUCCUUUCACCUUCGCCUCAUUGACAAACAUCCUCCCACUGACAGAUGAAUGAGGGGCAGAGACAAGAGGGACACAUUGUGGCCCAACAUGAAGCCCUGUGAGAGAAAACAUGUCCUAAAAAAGGAUCAAGCCAUUUGCAGAUCGAAUCGUACUUGGUUUCUUUGCUUUACUGUUUAUGUAACAAUUUUCCCCUAAAAAGACUCUUCUUUGACAAAUGUAUUCCUAUUAAGAUCUAAAAAUGCAAUAUGCAUAAUAAAAAUGUUAUGUUGGUUUUGCUAUGGGAUUCUUCUGCUUUACUAAAAAAGCUAUAACAAAUCUGUAGUCAUUCAAUUUUGAACCAUUUAACUUUCCUGAAACUACUCCUACAACUUUCAAACCUCUUAUCCCUCUUGUUUAGUUCGCCUGGUCUUUUUGUGUAAUAAUGCUUGUAUAACCUCAAUGCUGAAAGGCAUAAUCAAGUUAUAUAGAUAUUUUUAUUCAGGACAAACUAAACUAUCAGUGUAGGCGGUUGAAUCUUACAGAAAUGUAUUCAUACCACAAAGAGAACAUUAAUUUACAAGCCUUUGGACUUCAAGAAAAGGAUCAACCAUACCUGCCUUCGUGAGGCUACAUAUCAUAGGAUAUUCUGUGGGAUUCGGCAGUCAAAACAUUCCAUUAAACACUUUUUGGUGAUUGUGGAUGGUACCAACAGAAGAUAUGAUUUACAAUUUCUUUAGGGAGACCAUAACAGGUGUCACAAGUUUAUCCGAGCAACCCUAAGGGAGCAGUCGAAAUGCUUUUUUAAACAUUUCCGUUUAAUGCAUGUGUUUGUAGCAAUGUGUUCCUGCAAAGCAUGAAGAUAUUCACUAUCAGAGCUUGCAUUAUGAAACUAAAUGACGUGCGCUGCAUUUUCUCUAGAGUGUUACUUAAAGUAAAAGUGUACCACAGUCCAAAAUAACUCUGAGAUAUACUUUUACAAAGUACAAAAGUAUAAGGAUUCAAAAUAAUCUUAAAGAUACAUUCUCUGUGACCCCUUUCAGAAAUAUGAUAUGAUAAUAAUUGUUAUUGAAUUCAUUUGAUCAUCAUGUUAUUGUUGCAGUCUGUAAAAGAUAAGCUUUGUAAUUGUGUAUAAUACUAUAUAUUCUGCCAGGUAGUUUCUGCAUUUUAGCAAAGGGAUAAAACAAGUUUAUUUUAUAAUUAACUAGAAUGGCACCUGGAGAGCACACACUUUUUUUUGUUGUUGUGUAAAAUAUAUUCAAUUAUCUUGAUGUUAUAAGUCGUAGUGCAACCAGAAGUGAUUCACAAUGUUAUCCUGUUUGCUGUAAUACAACAUUUGGCAAAUAUUUAAUAACUUGCUAUUGAGUGGAAUACCUAUAAAAAACGUCCAAAUCAC